UUGUCUUUGUAGGCGGAACCAGUGAUGAGACCUCUCUGUACAAGUCAAGACAACAAGCGGCCAUUGGGUAGUCACUCGAACCACCGUGCGUUUUCGAAAGAAGCCUUCCUUUGAUUGUGCCGCGGCUGGCACUCUUCUCGUCACGACACUUCAAACCACCAGCAUCCUUUUUUUUUUUACAUGUUCCAAGAUUGAAGAAGAUUUUGACAGAUUUAUCUCUUAUCCUCUCUCCUCCAUCCAGUCAGAAGAAACAUCUGCGUUUUACCUCCUGUAGAAAUACAAAAAGGAUCGAAACAAUUAUCUGGAAUUUUUUUUUUUUUUUGAAUUUGUGCUCAAUUUCUAUGAAUACCUCGGGGACACUUUUUCCAGUUAUCUACCUCUUCCAUCAAAACAGCCAACUCAGUGACCGGAACACAGCAACCUGUGACCUCAUACUGCUGUUACCGUGACAACCUGGAUUGCCUCUCAAAACUCUUCUUGCUGCAAUUGUUCCAGCCAGCACCGGUUCUGGACAUGGUACCACCUCUCGGCCUGGAUUUGCGCAGUGUCUAAAAUUGGACUCGCUUGAGCCCCAAGUUAGUUUUUACUGACCUUAAAAAAAAAAAAAAGACGAAACAGAACACCUUGCCGCAAAAGUUACCGUAUACCAGCUGUACCCUCACCCGUCCACCAAUAUACCUCAGUUGACAAAUGGUUUACACACUCAAGUCACGAAAACAGAAGAAGGGAACAAGCUACCGUCUUGGAAAAGCCCGGCGCUUCAGUCGACCCCCCCAUUUCAGCAUGUUUUAUUUGCCUUAGAGACCUGCGUGUGUAGCAACCAUAAGCCAAGAAGUCCAAGCCCAGAGAAUCCGUUUGGACUCCACGACGCCUCACUCCCACUCGCUUCCGAACGAGAAGCCUCAACGUUUUUGCGACGGCGCCGAUAAGCGAUUGCCCGACCGGCCUCCCGAGAAGGCGAGGUUUCAUUCCGAGGUGCGCUUCCUCUCAUUCGUUGAAGCUUCCAGAGAAGUGCUGAGCAGGAGGAAAUGAAUGCAGACUUCCAGGAAAACACAAGUCAAACCACGGGCUAAAUUGGAAAGUCAAGACUCGGGGCGAUUCUUCCUGCAUAGCGCAAAAAAAAAAAAAAAAAAAAGCUCCAGAGAAGAUGCCUUAAGAGUCAGGAAAGGAAUGCGCCGCUUAGAUUUGCCUGAGCUGUUGUCGUGCCAACCAUGCUUCUCCCAGCCAAUGGCUGCAACCAUUCCCAUGUGGCUGCCUUUUGAAGGGUCCGCCGGCAAGUCCUGAAACAGGCUGGCAAGGUCUGGCCGUCAACCUCGUUGUCCUGUCGUUGGCUGCCGGACGGGACUGAGGCUGAAUGGAGACAAAGUCCAAGAAGCGGAAUAAAUCACCGGUGAAAGAUGAGAAAGGGUGGCUCGAUGUGCCAAAGAGAAAAAGGAAGAACAGCCAGUCUUCGGUGAAGAGCAUGUCUGCUCUUAGCAUCUCUGUUCCAGGGUACAUCCCCAGCUACCUGGAGAAGGAUGAGCCAUGCGUGGUGUGCGGCGACAAGGCGACCGGUUACCACUACCGCUGCAUCACCUGCGAGGGGUGCAAGGGUUUCUUCCGUCGAACCAUCCAAAAGAACCUCCACCCGGCGUACUCGUGUAAAUACGAAAGCUGCUGCGUCAUCGACAAGAUCACCCGCAACCAGUGCCAGCUUUGCCGUUUUAAGAAGUGCAUCGCUGUCGGCAUGGCCAUGGACUUGGUCUUGGACGAUUCGAAGCGCGUUGCGAAACGCCGUCUCAUUGAGGAGAAUCGGGAGAAAAGAAAAAGGGAGGAGUUGGUGCGGACCAUGCAGGUGAGGCCGGAACCCGACACCUCCGAGUGGGAGCUGAUCAGGAUGGCAACCGAGGCCCACCGUCACACCAACGCCCAGGGAGCCAGCUGGAAACAGAAGCGCAAGUUUCUGCCAGAUGAUAUCGGCCAGGGAUUGGUGCCCACGUCCGAAGGAGAUAAGGUGGACCUGGAAGCCUUCAGCGAAUUCACCAAGAUCAUGACGCCUGCCAUCACGCGUGUGGUGGACUUUGCCAAGAAACUGCCCAUGUUCUCAGAGCUUCCAUGUGAAGACCAGAUCAUCUUGUUGAAAGGGUGCUGCAUGGAGAUCAUGUCACUCCGUGCCGCCGUGCGCUACGACCCGGACAGCGAGACCCUGACGCUGAACGGCGAGAUGGCCGUCAAACGUGAGCAGCUGAAGAACGGCGGCUUGGGCGUGGUGUCGGACGCCAUCUUUGAUUUAGGCAAAAGCCUCGCCCAGUUUAACUUGGAUGACUCUGAGGUGGCGCUGAUGCAGGCCGUCCUUCUCAUGAGCUCAGAUCGCUCAGGGCUGACGAGCGUGGAGAAGAUCGAGCAGUGCCAAGAGGCUUACCUGCUGGCGUUUGAGCACUACAUCAACUACCGCAAGCACAACAUUCCUCACUUCUGGCCCAAGCUGUUGAUGAAGGAUCACGUCCCUGAGCGUCGAGAGCACUCGCGUGUUCCAGUUUAAGGACGGCAAAUAAUGAGGUUGGGCGUCACCGUCGGCCAUUCUUUCUCCAAGCAUGGGAAGGAAACGCCCUUCUCCUCCGAUAAGCGAUCACCAGCACCGCAGAACGCACUGCCUUCAGCCAUGAUCACAUGCACCAGCAUAGCAGAGACGGACGGACGGACGGACCACCGACAGUCGGUGGUCGUCUUUGUUCCCGAUAAGUUCAUCAACGACCUUGCCAGCUGCCGCAAGGCCACAUUCAAACCGGGGAUGGAUCCCCAAAAUCCAUUGACGCAAGCGUGAUUUCGUAGCAAGGCCGGAAUGUUUGUUUCUUUUUUGCCCCCCCAAAAAGAUCCACGUAAGGACGACGCCGCCGCUCGACGCGACUACUUUGUGCAUGCCUUGACAGUACACGGAGUCCUGCACGCUAACUGCUCGUCGUCGUAACUUUCGGCGAGCAAAGAUCAUACUCGCUUGGCUGUUAUAUCUCGACCAAGAAGUGUUCUCAGUUUCACCGCCUCGCCCGACGGGACUCAUUUGCGGCGUGUUCUUGCAUGACGCUCGUGCGAAUUUUUUUCUUGUCGAAACGUUAGCUGGAGUCGAACUCUAAGCGCUGCAAUUUGAGGUGAAAAUAGUCAGGCCUCGAGACCCUCGCGGCAUCGUCGGAACUCCGCCGAAGUAGCAGUAGAACGGACCGAUUGUAUGUGUUUGAGCAUGGCUUUCGUAGUGCGCAAAGAGCUUGGAGCUCGUUCGUGUCAUCCGUCGCCUCGCGGCGAGAUCUUUGUUUGGCGUCUCCUUUGCCACUUUCCGCGGCGACGGCGAAAGGAAACGCAAAGUGUUUUUUGCCGACCGCUGACCGCUGAACUUUCCCCUCGUGUCCGUCAUUUUGUAUCCUCGUUACGUUAUACCUCACGUUGACGAUCAAUCAAACUGUGAACUUCUCGCCGGGCUAUCAAAGCCCGCACACUCAUGCGCCCGCUUCAAAACGUCUUUGACUUUAUCCAGGGAAAAUAAAUCUGUUCGUCAACGUCCUCGGCACAUUUGUCCUUCCUGCUCAAUUGUAAUGGCGAGCCCGCCCGUCGUCUUUGGUCACGAUUCAUCCGAAUCAUCAUCAUCAUCAUCAUCGUGCUAUCGACGUUAAGCUCCGACGUCCUCGCCGACGCUGGCCCGAAAUCAUUCGCGCACCGUUUGGCGGAGAAAGAUGACCAGGAAUCCGUCCACACGCGGUGCGAGAAAGACAGCGGACGCUUUGGGCCUUUCGGAUGGCCUUCAACUCGGGUCCGUCUUGCGUCAACGAACGUAGCGCUCUGGACGGCAUCUCGGUGUCGUGACGAGACCCUUGCCGUGGGUUCAUUGAAAAGCAGCGCCACUGACAGUAUCCGCGUCGAUUUCGAAAACCUCUCAUUCAACAAAUGGCACCACUCGGUGCGAGAGGGUCCACGUUCAGGACCCACCCCGCUUUUAGCUCCCGCUCCGAUUCCCGGCAUGUCAUCUGCACCGCGGAACGAAACGUGUUUCAUAAGACGCCUCCAUGUGUGAAUCACAAAGCAUCUGUAAAAGAUACACGACGACUGUGCCAAUGUUUGUGACUCUUAAAAAAA